UGCUCAUUUACACAUUGAACUAUGACUGAGGCAGAGUUAUACAAGGUGUACAAGGGGGUCUACCUGGCUUCAUCUAUCCACACCCCAGAGAUCCUGACAUACUGUGAAAACUUUACUUUUCGCCCAGAUGAUAUACUCAUUGUAUCGUAUCCCAAGUCAGGUUCACAUUGGUUGCAAGAGAUUGUCCCUCUGAUUGCUAGUGGGGGCGACCCAGCCUCUGUUGAGACUCUUCCUAACUGGCACAGAGUUCCCUUCAUCGAAGUGGGGCAGAACGCAUUCCUAAAGUUUGAAGAGAGGCCGUCUCCGCGGAUCAUCGCUUCACAUUUCCAUUACAACAUGAUGCCUCAAUCUUUCUUUGCAGUUAAGCCAAAGGUGAUCUAUAUGAUGAGGAACCCCAAAGAUGUGUUUACAUCUUCCUUUCACUUCAAUAGGACGAUGAAAUAUUUCGUGGAUCCCGGCCCACAGAGGGAGUACCUCCACAAGUUCCUUGAUGGAAAAGUUGUAUUUGGCUCAUGGUUUGACCAAGUGAAGAGCUGGCUGAAUGCUGAGGAUAAAGAGCACAUAAUGUACAUCUUCUAUGAAGAGAUGUCCAAGGACCUGAAGGGCUCUGUGGCCAGAAUUGCUCAGUUCCUGCAGAAAUCUCUGGACGCUGAGGUGAUAGAGAAGAUAGCAGACCGAUGUCUGUUCAAGAACAUGAAGCAGAACAAAAUGUCAAACUACUCUACUAUUCCUGUUUCCAUUAUUGACCAGACAAAGUCAGAAUUUCUCAGGAAAGGAAUUGUUGGAGAUUGGAAAAAUCAGCUAACAGUGGAAGAAGCAGAGUACUUUGAUGCUGUCUAUAAAGACAAAAUGAAAGAUUUCCAAUACAAAUUUGUGUGGGAUGAAAGUGAAUGAAACUUUUCCACCACAUAGUCAUACUCAGAAACCUGUUGAUCUUUGUGAUUGUUUGUGGUGUUACCAAUCAAUUAAUCAGUCAAAUGUUAUUCAUAUAGCACCUUUUAAAACAAAUCCAGUGUAAUUCAAAGUGCUGUCCAAGGAUGUAAAAGGACAUGGAGACAGAACUGUAAGCAGAUUGCUUCUUUUCUUGAGUUGUGACUAUAUUGAUCUUAGUAUAAAUCAUCAAUAGCGAUAAUCAGAUAUAUUACCACAUUCACAAAUAUUGAUUUGCGCUCAUGCAUAUUCAUCGUAAAUAAAAAAAGUUGCAUUUUUAAAGUGGUUCAUACCUAAUUAUUAUAAAACGAUUCAGUAUUCAGUUGAGAUUUAUCUUGAUUAGACUUGGGAAUUGCCAAUCAAUCAGUGACUUCUUUUGUUCUUACACUUAUAUAUGAAAGAUGUAAAAUGCGAAAACGAAAUAAAGACAUAAU